UUGUUUGUUUGGGUAGGGGGAGGCGCACGUGUGAAUUUUUCAGAAAACAAUCGAAUUCUUAUCAUUCGUUGACGUUAAAUCAGAUAAUAUUCUUAUUUAUAUAAAUGACUAGGCAUUAUUGCUUAAAUAAUUAGAUAGAUUUAUACCAGUAAAUUGAACAACUGUACGAAAAUGAAAUCUUUGUUGUUUAUAUGUGCAAUUCUGACUGUUGCAACUAGUCACUAUAUUCCAGAUAAUUUUAUUACUCCUAUCAAAGAGGUUACUCCUACUAGAGGUCAGCCAUGGCCGCUUCCUCAACAGUAUGCUGUAGAACAAACUUACUUUAUAAUACAACCUUCAAAUUUCUCAUUUUCAUACACAGGAGGGUGUGAUUUAUUAAAUGAUGCAAUGCAACGAUACUUGAAAGUAAUGUUUCAAGAUGGAUGUUCAGGAAGUUCUAGUCUAAACACACAACCUAAAAAAAUAAAGAAUAUGGGAAUAAAUAGUCUUGGACAACUUAAUUCUCUAUAUGUAUGGAUUCCUGGUGCCUGUGAGAAAUAUCCUUACGAGGAUAUGGAUGAACAAUAUCUGAUAAAAGUUAACACUCCUGAUUAUCAGAAUCAAGCCCUGCUUUAUGCUACAACAGUCUGGGGAGCUCUCCGAGGACUUGAAACAUUUAGCCAAUUAGUAUAUCAAAUUCAGCAUGGAGUGUUUGCUAUUAACACAAGCAUAGUGUUAGAUUUCCCUCGAUUCUCAUAUAGAGGAUUACUAUUAGACACAUCUCGUCACUUCAUACCAGUUCCUUUAAUAUUGCAAAAUUUGGAUGCUAUGGCUCAAACCAAAAUGAAUGUUUUCCACUGGCAUAUUGUAGAUGAUCCAUCUUUUCCAUAUGUUAGUAAGACUUUUCCUGAUUUGAGUGAAAAGGGUGCUUUCAAUCCCAAAACACAUAUCUAUUCCCAAAAGGAUGUUGCUGAUGUCAUAGAAUAUGGUAGACAGAGAGGAAUAAGAGUGCUUGCUGAAUUUGAUACACCAGGGCAUACCCUCUCUUGGGGUAAAGGCCAGUCAAAUUUAUUAACUCCAUGUUACAAAGAACAAACCCCCAAUGGUGAGUUUGGACCUAUCGAUCCAACUAAUCCAAGCAGUUAUACAUUCUUAAAAGCAUUCCUUAGUGAAAUUGGCACAGUAUUUCCUGAAAACUACAUUCAUUUAGGUGGUGAUGAAGUUAGCUUUGAUUGUUGGAAAUCUAAUCCAAAUAUCACUGCUUUUAUGAAAAAACAUGGUUUUGGAAGUGAUUAUUCAAAAUUAGAGCAAUACUAUAUGCAGAACUUACUGGAUAUUGUAAAAUCCCUUAAUAAGAGUUACAUUGUGUGGCAAGAAGUUUUUGAUAAUGGAGUACAGGUCAAACCUGAUACAGUUAUUCAUGUAUGGAAAGAUGGUUAUAAGUCUGAACUUGCAAAAGUCACUGCUGCUGGUUAUAAAACUAUUUUAUCUUCCUGCUGGUACUUGAACUACAUUAAUUAUGGAACAGACUGGCCUCAGUAUUAUAACUGUGAUCCAUAUGAUUUUAAAGGUUCUGCAAAUCAGAAGAAUUUGGUGAUUGGAGGUGAAGCUUGUAUGUGGGGAGAAUAUGUUGAUGGAUCCAAUGUCCUAAGCCGUACAUGGCCCAGAGCAGCAGCUGUUGCUGAGAGAUUGUGGAGCAAUGCAUCUGUGAACUCUACUGCAGAUGCUGCACCAAGAUUGGAAGAAUUACGUUGUAGCAUGGUCAAGCGAGGCUUGAAGGUGGAACCACCAAAUGGACCAGGUUUUUGUGAAUGUGAUUAUGUGGUGUAAUGGUACAACAUUCCUUUAUGCAAUGCACAUAUAAUUUUUUUAUUAUUGUGAACAAGGAUUUACAUGUGUGUGCACUUUUUUUAACUAUAUGAAAUGAUCAAAUGUUUUCUAUUUUGAUAGGUAUUAAUUACAUUACCUCACAACUGAUACUUCUGUAAAAUAUUAUACUCCAUUAUCUAUGUUUAAUUUUUCUUUGUUUUGUAUUGGAAACCAUCCAAAUAAAAUAUUUGUUAUUGUU